GAUGAGACUCUGAAGCACCUGGUGAAGGAGUUUGGAUGCAGCAGCUGGUCAGCAGUUGCUCUGCACUUCCAGGGUCAAAGGUCACAGCUGCAGUGUCAGCACCGUUGGCAGCAGAUUAAGAACCCAGGACUGGUCAAAGGCCCCUGGACCCAGGAGGAGGACCGCAGGGUAGUAGAGCUGGUGCAGAAGCACGGCAUGAAGCGCUGGUCGCUCAUCGCCAAACAGCUGCACACUCGGAACGGGAAGCAGUGCCGCGAGCGCUGGCACAACCACCUGAACCCCACGGUGAAGAAGAGCGGCUGGACUCUGGAGGAGGACCGCAUCGUGUGCCAGGCCCACAGGCUGCUGGGGAACCGCUGGGCCGACAUCUCCAAGCUGCUGCCCGGCAGGACGGACAACUCCAUCAAAAACCACUGGAACUCCACCCUGAAGAGGAAAGUGGAGAAGGAGGGAUACCUUCACUUCCUGCACCUCCACACCUCCUCCUCCAGCUCCUCCUCCAGAGCUGCUGCUCGCACCACAGCCACCACGUCCUCCAAGGUCCUCCUGCAGGCCCACAGUUUGUCCACCCUGAAGGACGAGUCCAGCUCCUCCGCCGGCAGUCAGAGCAUGUGCAGACCCUGUGGAAGCUCCGCCCACCUGUGCUCUGCCUGUGUCCCCGCCCCCUCCUCUGGUUACAGCUCUUCUCUGAGCAUCGGCAAGAUGGCAGUGUCUUCAGACCCAACAGAGAUGAUGUGGAGCUGUGACCCACAGGAAGUGAUGUCACUUUCUGAUGACCCUCUGGUGACGCUGUCUGAUUGUCUGCUGAAGGAGGACUUUGACCUGUCCAUCAUGGACCUGAGCAGGACCUACGUUCCAGGUGUGAAGGAGCAGCUGCUGAGCACUGAUGAAGAGCCCUGCUCCUCCUCCUCCUCCUUCUGGAACAGAAGCAGCAUGAUGGAAGCUGUCAUGUCCUCGCCUUCACAGGUCUUUGGGCUGUGUGGUGUGGAUGAGCUGAAGUUCCAGCGUCCCUCUCUCACCUCCACCCCUGUAUGUUCCCUGAAACACUCCAGCAGCCGACAGGACAGCCGCUGUGUUCACUGCAGCCUGAGCAGCAGGACGCCCUCAGAGACCAGAGAGAAGAUCAAAGCACUGCUGAUGUCAGCUCCUCAGACACCAACUCCCCUGAAGAUCUCUGACUGGAAAGACGAGGUGAGACAGUUAGUGAUCAGCUGA